AGCCGUACGUAUAGUACGUACGUAUAGUACCUACGUACGUAUCGUCGUAGUAUCUUAUCCUCCUCGCGAACGCGAUCAUUAAAAAAAAAAAAACAACAACAACGAGAAAAUAAAAAGAUAAGUCUUUUUGUCACCGGCAGACUUCUCGUUCACACACUUCCAGCUCUGGCUGUCCCACCUAGCUGCCACGACCAUUUUCCCUGCAUACCUGCACAUCGCAGCUUAUAUACCCGAGCACGUUACACGUAUCACAUCACACAAACUCGUUAAGCUCGCCGCGAUUAUUAUCACACCGACAACGUGAACUAAAUUAUUUUUCCUCGUAUAAUUUCUUUCUUUUUGGUUCUUUCCCGUUUUUUUUCUUUAUUUUAUUUUAUUUUUUUUUCCUUUUAAUCGGUUUCUUUUUUUUCGAGUGUGUAUUUUUGAUACGGUCGUUAUUAUCGUUGUUAUUGUAUAACGUGUACGCGAUACCGUCGGGUUUUUUUUUUUUUUUUUUGCUUUUUUUCUCUUUCUUUUUUCAAUUACUAUACGCGACACUUGUAUACGACUACGUGUAUCACCCUACGGAUAUUAUGCGUGCCUGAAACUUCUCAAUGAACGAAGAAAGCCGCGAGCGUUUUUACGCAGUUUUACGUACACCUGUGCGCACGUGUGUGUGUCGGUAUAUACUCGUGUGUGUCUGAAAAGUAGUUGUUGAAUUUUUCGUAUUUCUUUGGCGUUAUUUUUAUACCUUGCGAGGCAUAAAAUGAAAAGAUCAAAUCGCGAAUCGUUUGGCUAAACUUUCCGGUACAGAAGUUCGAAUCAUCCGCGCCUCGCCGCCCCCCUUUUUUCCUCCCACCCCCCUCGUCAGCCUCCUUCUGCCUCCGCCCCUUCCAUUGCGAGUUCCUCCCACCCCUCGGUCCACCUCUUGAUCGUCGUCGUGGUCGUCGUCGUCGGCAUCGUCCGUAGUUUUGGUGCGUUCGUUCGUCAGUCAGUCAGUCAGUCAGUCAUUCAGUCACUCAGUCAGUCAGUCACUCAGUCAGUCAGUCAGUCAAGUCAAGUCAACUGAAAUUGAGUCGACUAUAGGUUUAUAAUCAAUUAUUAAAGUGUCUUUUUUUCCGUUUCGUUUUUUUUUCUCUCAAGUUUCGAGUUUGUAAAAACGAUCGCGAAAGUUGUUUUACUUUUAAACGGUUUCGUGCGCUCCGUACAGUAAAUGUAUAAUAAUUUCUUUUUUGAUGAUCCUUUUUUCUCUCACCUUACCUGCUGCUGCUGCUGCUGCUGCUGCACGCUUGUCACACACGCUACAGCAUAGCGCCACACCGGUGCGGCCGUUCUAUAUGGUUGUCAUAAUCAUGGAAUGAAAGAAAAAAAACGUUGUGUAAAAAAAAAAAUUGAAAUAUUUGAAAAAGACGAAGUUACCACAGAAAAGCGAACAAUUCAUUCGAUGUAUUUUACGGUCUCGAUACAUGCUUCUGAUCGCGUGUCAGUCUCCUCGUACACCGUACUAUGUAUGAUUAUACGUAUUCGAACGAGUGUCAACGGACCGAAACAAUAAAUAAAAUAAAUACGAAUCGCGAAAGAACUGUUAAUAUCGGGAAGUAAUUGCAACGGGGAUAUCCUCAUCCUCUUCGUCUUCGGAACGAAUCUUUUCACGUGUUGUUCUUCCUCUGGUCGUCGCAGUCAUUGAGGGCGAGUCUGCUUGCGACAGCGAAGAAAUUGUGUAACUUGUAUAAUUACGACACGUGAAUACGAUAAUUAAUUAUUUAGCGUUUCAACGGGAUCGCGUGAUUUAGAACCGUAUCGCUGUCGACGUAGUUAUUUCCGCUGAUCUUGCUUAUCUAUGAUGAACGUAUGUCGCGUGAAAUUUGUCUUUGGACGAUCAGUGAUUAUGGUGCAGGUGCCGUUGAAUGCUCAUCCUUAAUCGACGAUUUUAUUACCAUCGAUUCUCGUUACCUCGUAUCCGCAUAGGGACAGACGGAGAAUAAAAAGGAGGAGAAUAAAAAAAAAACAAUAACUUCCGUCACCGUUCUUACGUACGAUUAUCUAGCGUCUGAUAUACGAAGAUUAGAUUUGUACACUAUUUUCCCGCCGAAAAAGGAAAAAAAAAAAAAAAAAAACAAUCGAAACGAGAAAUGAAUUGUAAUAAUUCACAGAUGAAGAAGUGAAUGAUUACCGGCAUCAGUGAAAAGUGAUCUUAAUCAAUUUUUCGAUUAUUUUUAUGGAAAUAUAUAUAUAUAAGUAAUUAACAGUGUUUCGGUGUGAAGAGUAAUCAAAAGAUUAGUCGUCAGUGCGAUUAUUAAAUUGGAAAGAAAAAUCUAAAAGAGGAGAAAAAUAAAAAGGACAUCGAUCGUCGGGGCUAACAGUCUGUGGUGAUAUUUUCCGUGAAUAUAAAAUUAACAAGAUGCAUUUCAUUUUAAAUAUAUUGAACAUAUUAUUCCUCGCAUUUGUGUACCGGACGCCCGUAAUCGAGGCGCGUCGUGUAGCACCGUUGAUCGAAGACGACCUGGCCAGAAGACCUCAUAGGCCCGCAGAAUGUAUAUUUGGAAAACAAAUUCGGGAGCUGGGUUCCACGUGGUACGCAGAUUUGGGACCUCCUUUUGGCGUUAUGUACUGCAUCAAAUGCGAAUGCAUACCGGUUCAGAAGAAACGUCGAAUCGUCGCCAGAGUCCAGUGUAAAAAUAUAAAGAACGAAUGUCCCAAACCAACCUGCGAAGAGCCUGUUCUCUUGCCCGGAAGAUGCUGCAAAAGUUGUCCAGGCGAAUACGGUCCGGAUAUCGCCCAGGACGUACCACCGCAAAUUACAUCGGAGGAAGAAGAACGCAGUCUGAAACACUUCGCAACUCUCCUUACGGGUAAAACGUCUCUUCCUCUUCGUCGCGAUGACCUGACACCGUCCUCGGCGUUCAACAACGCCUACAACUACGUGGCAACUGGUCGUUUCAACUUCCAUCGAAAGAAUCUCUACUAUUCGUUUUAUCUGAGCGGAUCAACGCCGCGACCGAGGAGUCUACAGUUCGUCGACGUGUCCGGCAGUAUACUGGAAGAGCAAACGAUAAAUCCAAUCGGCGGUGUCUACCAAAACGCUACCGGUAAACUGUGCGGUGUUUGGCGAAGAGUUCCGAGGGAUUACAGAAAAUUGUUGAGAGAGGAGCGUCUCCACGUGGCGUUGAUCUGGGAACCCUCGGCGAUACUCACCGGACAGCUCGCUCGUUACAGGGCGUUAAACACGGAACAAUUCUCGUCCCUUUUGGAACCGGCGCAAGGAGUCGACGAGACGCUCAUGUCCGGCGCGGGAGCGACCGCUAUCGUUUCGGCGUCAGCGGCGUCAGCUCCCUCCGUUCAUAUCCAACUCGUGUUCAACGGAGUCUUUUUGUCCGACGAGAUAUCGGACGUGCCGAUUCUCGUGCAGCUGGAACACUUGGAGAAGGAUUACGUUAUACUGCGGGAGGAGAUAACCGUGAACAAACCGUCGACGGAAUUGAAUAUCGGCGAAGUUCGUAGCGCUAUUUCGGGUGCGGAUCUCAGACUGUUGGCACGCGGUAAACUCGGUGUGACCAUAUCGUCGAGGACCAAUCCUCCGGCAUUGAAACUACAGGGGAUCAUCGGCCCACGAGCGACUUGCGAUCUCUAUCAAACUCUCCUCUCCAGCGAAGCGCCCUCUUCCGCGUCCGGACUAGCCUGGGCUUUCCUCGAUCGCUCGGGCGCGCUCAGAUACGGCGUUCAACUCAUAGGACUCGAAGAAGAGAGUCCUCUGGUCACCCUCGUGGACGACGGAGGUAAAAAACGCACGGAACUCGAGGAUCUGACGCCCUCCCUGGUCGGAGGACUGGCGAACGGAUCCCUGGAGAGACCGGGACCGAGACUAUUGGAACCACUUUUCGCGGGUGAAUUGUCGGUGGUAACGGCAUCCCACAUGGGUUCGUUGCUCAGAGGGCGUUUGGUUCAGAAACCGGUGGCGGACGCUAGGGACACCUCGGCUCCCAUACUUCUGAGACGUCUGGAUUCCGAGCCCGUUCCCGCGGGAUUGGUCGGUUUGGUCUGGGCGACGGUGGAUCUGGAUUGCACGCUUCAUUACGAGCUCGAAAUAUCCGGGAUCGUUAACUCGGAUCGCACGAUGCAACUUUACUUGGAAACGAUGCCACUUUUGGCCCAAGGAGCGCCGGUGGCGCGAAGACUUUUGGAAGAAUUUACAGGAGCCGUUCUCGAGGGUUCCGUGACCGGCCUGUCCUCCGUUGAACUGUACCGCAUAGAGUCGGGCAUCAGCUAUUUGGAAGUGAGGGAUAAAAUCGCCGGCGCUAUUCUGAAAGCUCCCUUCAGAACCAGGACACCGCUCAGUUGCCUCCCACAUUACGCCGACAACGACGUCGCCUCCGUAGUCGCGUACAACAUGCAACCGCCGAGAUCCGACGUCGAAACGAGCGCCUGUUUUCACGAGACAAGAUUCUACGAGGAAGGUACCCAGUGGACUUCUAAAACCGACGUGUGCACCAUGUGCCAUUGUCACAGGGGGCUCACAUCUUGCGACGCCGUACCCUGUCCGUCGAUGCCUUGCAGGACCGGUCAGCAAUUGAAAACCACACCUGGACAUUGUUGCCCCAUUUGCAGUGCCGCUACGAAACUCAACGAAACUCUUGACGACAACACGACGCCAUCAACGUCGACCACAUCACGGGGAUGCAUGUUAGCUGGUCAAUAUCACCUCGCCGGAGCUUCCUGGCACCCGUAUGUACCCCCCGCUGGAUUCGACACCUGCGCCGUAUGCACGUGCGACAUCGCGACCUUGGAGGUCAAAUGUCCCCGAGUUCAGUGUCCGCCCUUGGAGUGUGACGAAAAAGUGGCCGUUAGACCCGACAAAAAAGCUUGCUGCAGACAGUGUCCGGCUAUUAAAAGCACCGCGACGCUUCCCGCGGGAGACGCGUUACCUCGUGAUCAGGCGUCGGUGUCUAGUCGACCUUCGGCUGAAGAAAUCCUGGCCAGCGGAGGUUGCAAAUAUCCCGUUGGAGGACCGUUUGAAAACGGCAAGGAAUGGCAUCCGCGUAUACAUUCUCACGGUGAAAUGAAGUGCGUGAAAUGCAGGUGUAAGGACGGCGAGGUAAAGUGUGACAGGAAAAGGUGUCCCCGUUCGCUGUGCAACUCUAUUGCCCAGCAGAAGAAACGCGGCGUUGUAACGGCAGAGAUCGACGAUUGUUGUUCGACGCAGUGCAAAAGGGCGCGUCGUCAUCAGCGUCAGCGUCAUCCGAAACGUACGGGUAAACGCGAACACAUCAACAGUUGAACUUCCGGGAUUUAAAUAAUCCAACGAUGCGCGCUAAAACUAAUUCGGUAUGUAGAAAAAGGUGCAGCCCGCGGUGCCUCACGCUCUGCAUCGCUAAUUAUUCGCAUUUCACAAGAUUAAUUCGCGGUGACAAAUGUCACCGCGAUAAAACGUCAGAACUUUACCGACGUACCUCGCCGCCCCCUUAUACGCCUCGAUAUCAUAUGUAUAAUCGAUGAAAAUUAUCCACGUACACACAAUAGACGUGCUAUACAUAUAGUAUACACGGUGCAAUGUAACCGGUAUGAAUCUAAGCGUAAAACGCGUUCAAUGAACUCGUGAAAUCUCUUUUCAGUCACGUUCGUAUGUACACGCAUUGAUAGUCGGUGAAAUCCACGAGUUACGUUACACGAUCGAUCGCAAGCGGUAUGCGGGGGGGUAGGUAUUAGCUACUCUCCAUUUCACUCGAUCCAGUAUUUAUUGCAAAUGAUAUGGCUUAGUCAACGUGCUUUCCCUCCGAGCGGAGGCAUGAUAUUCUGUAAAAGAGAAUAGGAAAAAGAAGGUCGGUCGUUAGAUUGAUUCCACGAUAGGUUCAAAGUCUGUGACAUGUUUACUUAUCAAAAGUAGAAGAUAUAGAACGCUGUAUGUAUUAUGCGGGGAUAUUGAAUAAGGAGAAUCAGAGGCGCGAGGGUGCGACUGCUCAGUUCUUCUCUCGUUAAACUAAAUUUGCAUAAUGCAACCUCCACGUGCAUCGGAUUAGCUCUGAGAACUACGCAAGGCGACUUCCACUCGCUGCUCUGCGCUUCAGUCGUCGUAGUAUGUAUAGUCUGCAUCUAUUAAUCAAUUGAUUUUGAUUAAAUGGAUAAACUGAACGGAAGCUGACCCCGGUACUAUGGCGGCGUAUAACCCUUUUGCCCUCUUCAUCGCCCUCACCUCUUACCAUAACUCUUCCACUCUCCCACUCCUCCGUUCAUCCAAUCACCCGUUUAAUCAUCCAUCGACCCCUCCGCCCUAGCGGCUUCUAAUACAUGCCUAUACGUACGUAUGUAUGUAGACAUCCUGCACCCACCACCCACCAACCUCAUCAAGUUACCCAGCAACCAAAGAAGACUGAACAACCUCGAUGGCGGCAUCAGUUAUUAUACGAUUGCUAUUAUAUUCUUUAUAAUAAUAUAUAUUGUAUGUAAUGUAUCUAUAUGUAUACAAAUAACUUUUGCUUGUUAUUGUUAUUAUCGUCAUUUUCAUUACCAUUAUCAUCAUCAUCGUCAUCUUUAUCGUCAUCGUCAUUAUUAAUUAUUGUUUACACUCAGACGUCACCGUCAGCAUCAUACAAGCGUCAUCGCUCCUAGAAGCCAUUCUGAAUACAAUUCGUCAUCUCAUUUUCUACUACAGUAUAAACCCUCUCGAUUCGCCAAAUCGUUUACGUGACAUAAUGUUUGAAUGGCCCACUAGUAGCGUAAUAACCUAACGUUUUUACUCAUAACAAUAAUAAUAACAGUAAUUCUAGCUGUUAUUGUUAUCAUUAUUAUAAUUACAACUAUUGCAUUAUAUGGUUAAUUAAAUAAUCGACUAAACUUCCUAUUAAUAAAAGGUUAUCACAUCUCUAUGGUAACAUUUUUUUUAAUAUCUUUAUAAUUGUUUUCAUCAUUAUUAUCAUUAUCAUAAGAUUGCUAUUAUUAUUAUUAUUAUUAUUAUUGAUAUUAUAAUUAUCGAACGUAUUUAUUGAUAGGUCUAAGGAUUUUUGGAUCGUGAAAUGUUACAAUAUUAACUGGCAAGUGUCAUUCGAAAAAUGUACGCAAUUGAUGUGCUUUUAUUUAGAAAGAAAACGUAAGAGAAGUAUCAGUAGGAAUAUUAGUAUUGAUAUCGUAAAUAUUGAAACGAUGGAGCUGAGCGACUGAAAGUUGAAAUCAGGGUUUGUUUGAAUGAAGAGAUUUGCCGCAUACCGAACCGUUCGUGCCUUGUAUGUAUCCGUAUACACUUAUCAGUCAAUAUCAUACAAAUAGUUUUUAUAUAAUUCAUUUCUUUUUUUUCUAAUCACUUUUCAUUUCACUUUUAAUCUGAAGCUAUAAGCUUAGCGAUAAGUAGGUAGUUAGCCACUAAUAUUUUGUACAUAAAUAGUGUAAUAACAGUAAUAAUAAUUAUUAUUAAUGCGAAUAUUUAAAUAUUGAGAAGUAGUCGAGAUUCGGAGUAUAGAUAGAAGAACAGGCGCUGCAGUGUGGCGCGUUAAAAAUGUUUUAACAGUAAUAAUUGUUGUUCAUCAUCACUGUUUACUUUAAAAAAAAAAAAUAUGGUAUUGUUAUAAUAUUCUUUGUUGUUCGAUACGUAAAAUCAUGAAUAGUGAAAAAGAAAAAGGAAUGGAAGUAAAAUGGAAAAGUAAUAUCGCGAUCGAGGCUGCAGUAAUCAAAUUUUCUAGUUGUUGGAAUUGUGAAUUUAUUUUUUAUAUUUCCUCAAUUAUUAUGAUAUAUAAUAAUUAUCAAUUUAUUAUACUGUCCGAAGUGCCUUGCAAUCUCUUUGUAAUAAUAAUUAUUAUUCGUCGAUGGUAUAUAUGUACAUACAAGUAUAUAUAUAUAUAUAUAUACGAUAUAAUUUCUUAUUUAUUGUGUGUGCUUCGAUUGAUUAUUAUCGCUUGGCGCGCGACUAGAUGCAUUUAAUAACAUCAUGAUUUUUAUAAUAACACGAGGAGAAAUACGCGACAUUGUUUUUUUUUUUUUUUGGUUUUUUAAUGGUCGUUUCAUUUCAUUUUUCAUUUUUAUGAAAACGACGAUGGCCGUUUAUGUAUAUUACAUACAUAUAAUGUAUACAGUAGGUUUUUUUAUUUCGUGUAAAAUAGUUCGGAUAAGUUGAAGAGGUGAAAAGAGUUCGAAAGUUGAGAAGAAAAAAAGGAAACUGAUGCUAUUCUAUACUGUGCCAAAAUGUUAUUAAUUAAUUAAUUGAUUAAUUAAUAUCGAAUAUAUCAUCAUUACACUACACUAGCUCAUCAUUGUAUAACUUUCGCAUUAUACAUAUACAUACUAUAUAAAAUUGAGAUAUAAUUAUUAAUGUACCUUGUAUCGUUGAUAUUGCUAAUAUUUGAAUAAAUUGUAACAGUAUGAUUACGCGAAUAACGAUAUAUCUUAGAAAAACGAAGUGUAUACCGAUUUCAGUAUUUCCAUUAAUAAAAAAAAAAACAACAAAAAACAAAGCAAAACAACAAAAAAAAUUCAAUGUAAA